AUGAAAAAAAUCCUUCUUCUACCUCUCAUUUCUCAAGUUUUUCUCUUCGCAGUCCCAAUAAUCCAUGCUGCCCCAGGAAACUCAAAACUCUUCAGGGAGUACAUAGGAGCGGAAGGAAAUAAUGUUAAGUUUUCCGACGUACCAAUUAAUCACGACGUCGAAUUCCACUUCAUUCUCUCUUUCGCCAUAGAUUACUCAACCUCACUGUCUCCGACAAAUGGCGACUUCAAUGUCUACUGGGACAUGCAAAAUCUCGGCCCUUCUGCUGUUGCCUCAAUCAAGGCGCACAAACCAAAUGUGAAGGUAGCUAUGAGUCUCGGAGGGGACACCAUAGGCAACAACAAACCAGUUCACUUUGCUCCGAAGUCGAUCAAUUCAUGGGUCAGCAAUGCCGUCGCUUCACUCACAAGAAUCUCAAAAGAGUAUGAACUGGAUGGCAUUGAUAUUGACUACGAACACUUCAGUUCAGAUCCAGACACAUUUGCAGAGUGUAUCGGUCAACUUUUAACCCGCCUAAAACAGAACAAGAUAGUGUCAUUCGCCUCAAUAGCACCUUAUGACAAUGACACUGUUCAGUCAAACUAUUUGGCUCUGUGGAAGAAGUAUGGACAUCUCAUAGACUAUGUCAAUUUUCAAUUCUAUGCGUAUGACAAAGGAACCACAGUUUCUCAGUUUAUGAAGUAUUUCGAGGAUCAGAGCUCCAACUACAGAGAUGCAAAGGUGUUGGUGAGCUUCGGUACUGAUGGAAGUGGGGGUCUAUCCCCAGCAAAUGGUUUCUUUGAGGCUUGUGGCCGACUUAAACGCCUCCGGAAACUUCAUGGAAUUUUUAUAUGGUCUGCAGAUGACUCCAAGAAGGCCGGUUUCCGUCUUGAAGAACAAUCGCAGAACUUUUUGGCCAGCAUACAGUGAGGUGGAGGAAAAAGCAAAGGGG